CCUGGCAUGUAGUAAGUGCUUAACAAAUGCAUCAUUAUUAUUAUUAUUAUAAUUGAUUGAUUGAUUGAUCAAAGUGCUAGGGGGUAGACUUAUAGGGCACAGAUGAUGCGGAAGGGAGGAGGAAGAGGGUAGGAAAGUAGGAGGAUGAAGAUGGUCCGAUUCCCGAGGAUGCACCGCUCCUUGGUUCAGGACGCCCAGGGGCAAACUCAGGGGGAACGGUUGUGAUCCAAAUCCAAAGUAUCUGGGGAAAACCGAGGGAGGAAACCACAGGUUAAGCGACUUCCUUAUUGGGAAGAGAGUCUAUGAUGCGGUGCAGCCCUGUUAAGUUUCCGGCUACCACGUCUCCCUGCACAGAGGACGGACCGGACACAGAACGACGGCAGGUCAAUCGGCUCCCUCCAUCAGUUGAGCGCUCGGCGAUGAAGAGCACUCCACCCACAAGCCAGAGGGUAACUCCGAACCUCAGUUUUGGCACUGUGACUCUCACCAGCAAGAACAGAGAUGGGGGGGGCACUGUUUCUCCUCUCAGGUUUAAAGACCAGACCAGCAUCCUGUACUCAAUAGUUGCUGGGUUGCUGGCCUUCCUCCUGGUCAUAGCCGUUCUUUGCACCCUGUGGAUCUGGAACAGGCGGAAAAAACAACAAGUGCCCUACCUUCGCGUCACCGUCCUUCCCAUGGUGUCCAUGACCCGAUCCAGACAUCGAGCGAAGAACGUCUAUGGGCUCCUUCCUCGGAGGAAUGAGAGACGGGGCCACCACCCGCCACGGAAUAACCGUGUUUUCAGCACCGAGAGUCUUAUUUCUGGAAAUUCGGAAAGUCGUGUUCCUGGCCACGCGCUCCCAGGACUGGGCAGGCCUCUCCACCUCCACAGAGCCUGGAUCCACCGUGGAGGAGGCGAGAUCAGCACCUAUGACAAUGUCCCAGCCCCCAGCGACUAUGAAAACACCCUCCCCAUUGUUGUCGAUGACUAUGACGACGUCAACAGCCAGACCUCGGCGGAGAGCACGAGCCUUUCCUCGGGGGACUCGAGAGAUUACGUUAAUGUCCCAGCUGCAGGAGAUGGAGCUGAGAUCCCAGCUGGGGCGAGCUCCUCGUCACCACCCAAUCAGCCCGGCUCUCCGGAAGCCACGUCCUUGAGUCGGCAGGUAGGGGAGGGCGAAGGGAACCCCGGAGAUGUCGAGGAUUAUGUCAAUACCUGGUGGUCUCUGAGGUUGAAAGAUCCUGACCAACACGAGGACGGAAAUGGAUCUUCUGAGACCUCCGAGGACUACGUCAACGUGCCAGACCCCGCAGGUGAGGGGGACGGCCAGGGGAGGAAGUUACAGGAUUUGGGGGGUUCCAAGGACGUUGCUGCGGACCCCCACCUACGGACAGAGGAAGGAUCAGUGACCCCAGACUCAGACAGCAUGGAUUACGUGAAUGUCCCCGCCCUGGAAGGCAGUGAAGACCCUGAGACGGAAGCCGAAGAGGUGCACUGUGAGGAGUCUGAGGAUUAUGUGAACGUGCCACCCGGACGUGACGCUGAGCAUGUGCCUGAUGCCAAGGACUUGCCCGUUGAGCAGGAGUCCGAUUUUCCAGGCCAGAGGACAGAGUGAGGCAACAACGGCAGAUUGCAACAACAGCCAGAUCCACUGGUUGGGGAGGGUCUCCUAGCGGUCAGUGGCAAAUGCAGUUUGGACUCGAUUGCCUCUGGGCACAAAUUCUGAGAUGAGAAAGGAGUGUUGAAACUCUGGGAAGCAUGCUGAGCAACCGUUUCUAAAAUAACUACCAGGGAAAGGGAUCGAUGGAAGGAGGGGAUGAACCUCAUUGUAUGUGGAGAUGAUCCAUGCAGGGAAAGAGGAUGGCUCGUGUGGGAGUGAUCUAAGAGCAAUGGGGUCCGGGAAGCGCUGAAGGAGAGUUUUGGGGGUUUUUUUUGUUUUGUUUCGUUCGAAUGGUUCUUAGGAAGCAUUUACUCUGUGCCAUCCACUGU